AUGCCCGCACUGAGUUGUCCAAUGCCUGAGGCUAUUGGAGCAUGGAAGCUUCCCGUGGCUACGGCACUAGUUUCGAGAGGACCAGGCGAGAUCUGUUGGAUUGAGGUAUCCGUGGGACCAGACGUGGUUUCAGAACUUGCGCCCUCGUUCGUCUUCUCAAUAAGCCACCGAGCACUUGUUCGUGCACGUUCACGAAGCAGAGCCUCUCCUCGUUCAAGAUGGGCAAAAUCGCUUGAUGGCAGCAGCCACAUUCAAGAAGUCGGCUUUGCCACGAACUCGAAACAUGGGAAGUUUGGAGAUCUGACGAACGGUCUUGGUCGUCGUUACCGCAUGCGUGUCCACGUUGGCUUCGCCCUCAUCAUCGCAGGAUGGCUCGCCUCCGUGGUGGCAGUCUUCACUGGCUGCAUUCCCUUCCACAAGUACUGGCAGAUUAGCCCCAACCCGGGCAAUAGCUGCCAACCCGCCGAGGCCGGCCUUAUCGUCUGGUCUUCCUUCGCCGCGAAUAUCGCAUCUGAUAUCUACCUCAUCGUCAUUCCCCUCCCGCUUCUCUGGGGUUCCAGGCUUCGCCUUGUCGAAAAAAUCGGUUCCACCCUCGUCCUGAGCGCCGGUAUCUUCCUCCUUGUCUGCGCCACCCUGAAGAACAUCUUCGUCGACGACAUCAACGGCGCCGAACUCGCCGGCACCCGGGGCACCCGCGAGGCCUUCGUAGCUGUCAUCACCACCAACAUCCCCAUGGUCUUCCCCCUCUUCAAGUCCUGGCUCAAGCCCCUCUUCGGCUCCUCUUCGCAGCGCACCACCGACAACAAGUAUAAGAUCCCGGACGGGUUCCGCCCCAUCGGCGGCGGCGGCGGUGGCGGCUCCAACUCGCACUCGCAGUUCCGCCGCGGCAACGGCAACAGUUCCAACAUCCUGACCAACGUCACCUUCACCGAGAGCGAGGAGCGAAUCGUCAACGAGAUCAAGAUGCAGAAAUGA